UAUCGGAUAAGAAUUCCCGAUCAAAUCUAAAGCCUGCUCUUUUUGUAGUGAAGCAAAAAAAUUAUUCAAAUCACAUGCAAUCCACGAAAUAAAAUACACGAUUCCUUUUCAUCCAACGGUCAUAAACUGAAAUACAAGUCUGCAAACGCAAGAUCAACGAUCAAGAUCUCAUCACACGAAGCAUUCAACAUGCACAUCAUUUCCAGAUUCUCCAACGCCUCCUCUCCCCUCCCAUCGACGAUCGGCAGAUCGAUCUGAGAUAGUGCGUCUUCCCCACUGACGAAAACCCUAAUCUCUCCUUCCCUAUUGCUUUGAUCUGAAGCCCGUAGCAGACAAGUUAGGGUUUGGCAAUCAGUUCCCUUGGAUAUCUCGUUGAUCUCUUCGUUCAUGUAUGGUUUCGGGGAAAAUGCUCGGCGGCAACGGUUCACGUGACAAUCACCGGUGGGCGGAGAGUAAAGUUUACUCACGCAAGUCUCAGAACAAAUCUUCCGGUCGGAAAUCUGGAAAUCCUCAGCCGCAUCCCGCUGCCGAUGAUGUCAACUCUUCUCACCACCCCUCCUCGCCGCCGCCGGGUUCUCUACCUGCUCCCUCCGCCGCUUCGGAGGACGACGCAUCCAGUCUCAAUCGGCCUAUUCAAGCUCUAAUCAAUCGAAAUCACUCGAAUCGACACCAGCAGCACCACCGCAUGGCGACCAUCAGCCUUGCAUCUCGGUCGAGGGAAGAAGUAAGGGAUCUCCGGAAAAAGCUUGCAGCUGAGCUUGAGCUCGUUCGAGCUAUGGUAAGAAAGCUCGAGGCCCGGGAGCUUCAAGCUGCAGCAGCCUCAGCUUCAUUGGCGCCAGCUACUGGCUAUACCAUGUCUCAGCUCUCGGCUAGCGAUCCGAACCCUACUAUUCCCGCCAGGAAGACAGCUUUGAGCUCUGAGGUUGCUUCCUGCCGUCCUCAGGUCAGUGUUUCUGUUAUGCCUGGAGAGAGUAGUCUAAAUGAGGCGGCGGAGAAAGAGAAGCGGACUCCGAAGGCGAAUCAGUAUUAUAGGAACUCAGAGUUUCUGCUUGGGAAGGAGAGGCUUCCGCCUCUGGAACCACAUGGGCACAAGAAGCAUAAGGUCAGCGGGACCAAGGCAGUUGCGAUGGGCGAGAUGGAUAGAAACGCGUUUGCAAAUGCUUUCAAUAGUUGCAGGGAUUUUCUAUCCAAGCUGAUGAAGCACAAGCAUGCUUGGGUCUUUAAUGUUCCUGUGGAUGUGAAGAAGCUGAAUAUACCUGAUUAUCACACCAUCAUCAAGCGCCCCAUGGAUCUUGGUACUAUAAGCUCCCGGCUCAAUAAGAAUUGGUACAAAACUCCUGGAGAAUUUGCAGAGGAUGUCAGGCUAACCUUCAAGAAUGCCAUGACAUACAACCCCAAAGGGCAGGAUGUGCAUCAUAUGGCUGAGCAGCUUUUGAAUAUGUUUGAGGAGCGGUGGCCGUCCAUAGAGAGACAGUAUUCUAAUGUUUCUAACCCUUCACCUAUGAUGAAGAAGACGCCUCUUGAUUUAAGGACUCUAGAAAGGUCAGACUCCACUGCACAUCCAGGCCCUGUGGAGACAAAGAGUAGAGUGGUGAGUAAUGUCCCACAUAUUGGACGGCCUCCACCAUUGAAGAAGCCUAAGGCAAAAGACCCUGACAAGAGAGACAUGACUUUUGAGGAGAAGCAGAGGUUGAGUAAUAACUUGCAGAACCUGCCUCCAGAGAAGUUGGAAAACAUAGUGCAGAUUAUCAAGAAGAGAAACUCAUCUUUGAGCCAGCAUGAUGAUGAGAUUGAAGUCGAUAUUGAUAGUGUAGAUGUGGAAACACUCUGGGAGCUUGAUAGAUUUGUGACUAAUUAUAAGAAGAGCUUGAGCAAGAAUAAGCGAAAGGAAAAGCUCGCAGUACUAGCGAGAACUGGAGUUGAAAGUAAUGCAAAUGAAAGGGUGCACGAAGUGAUUACAGGGCCUGAGCCAACAGGAGAACACAGGGAGGGCAAAAUAGUGAUGGAUGAUAAAGAGGUAUCUUCUGGAUCACGAAUAAGAGAAGAAAAUAAAGGGGGAGAUGCAAAUAGGUCAAGUAGUUCAAGCAGCUCUAGUAGUGAUUCUGGUUCAUCCUCCAGUGAUUCAGAUAGCGAAAGCUCAUCUGCAUAUGGAUCAGAUGGGGGCCAGUCACCUAGAACUUGAGUAAAUUGCAGGAGAUAUAUAAACCCUAAUGUGAAAAAAAUGUUGAUGAUCAUGGCUUGUGUGACUCUGACUCUGAUUCUUCAAGCAUUUGGCUUAGUUCAACUUGGCUCUAAUUGCUGUCAGGACAAAGGUGCAGAUCUUGGUUUCUUGAAUUGUUAACAUUUAGCAGUUGGGAGAAAUUGUUCAGUGGUAGAGAUCUGAGAUCCUCAGCCUGAAAUAUUCUGUCUUCUGAAUGUUGUAAGGUAAAAUCCAAUGUAGAAAUGUCAUCUGUAGCAUUUUAUAUUUUCUCCCACCAUUAGUGGUCAUGGAUUUGCAACUAAGCAGUAUUAGGUGUUCUUCUCUUUCCCUUAAAAAGGGAGAUGGAUAAGCUUGUUGCACCUGCAGAACAUCUGUGGUAGUAUUUGAUUUUUAAUCUUCAGAAAA